GCUGUUUAUAUUAUUUAAAUUUCCAGUUAUUACGUAAGAAAAGCCACUCUCGAGAACGCAAAAGAUCAUUUCGAUCGUAGAACUAAAGAGGACAUAGCAAAAGUCGUAUUCGCUCAGAGUAGAGCAAUACAGUCAGUAUGGCUUUAUACUCAUUUGUACCAUUGUUGUAAGACCAGCUUAUUAAUUAGUUCCGUUCUCAUAGAUUUUUUCAAGAAUUGCAGAAUAAUAACGUAUUAACAUAUGGCGUAAUCCUUCUGUGUAGUAUCAUUUCCCUAGGAAUUAAUUUAUUUUGUGUAAGUAGUGCAUAAGCUUCUAUCUUUUACACAACAAUCUUUCGUUAAUUUUCUAUGGUCUCUGAAGCUGCACAACUUCGUAAAUUUCUAGUAGAAAUUCUAUAUUUUUUACUAUUAAUCCAGUUUCAAUAAUAAGAAUAUUCUUGUACCAUAAAAUAUGGAAUGCCAGGAUCCGAUAUCGUUUUACUUAUUUCCCAGUUAUCGCAGUCCUUGCUUCCUUUAUCCGAAAUCGAGGAGGGAUCAAUUACCUAUUGUUUAUUUAUUAUUUGCCAAUUAACGUUUAUGUUCCACAUAAGUAAUAUGUGUCAACAAUUAUUGGAUUAUUCCAACAAUCUUCAUACAGCAAUAUUUCACACCAACUGGUAUGAAACUUCUUUAACAACUCAAAAAUUGAUUUUGAAUAUCAUGUUGAGAAGCAGCAAACCAUUCUUAUUCAGUAUCUCUGGUUUCUAUGAUGGAACACUGAAUAGUUUUCUAUCGGUAUGCUAUUUUUUAAAUAAUGCUCUCUUGUUGUUUGAAUGCAACGUGGUUUAUGGUUUACUUACACUUUUAGUUCUUAAAAGCAUCGAUAUCGUAUUUUAUGAUGAUAUCAUCGAUACAGUAGUGGGACUUUAUCAACGACGAAGUAGCGUGUAGCCGAAAAUUGUGUUGAAAUAAUUGUAUUAAAAUGAAUGUUAAAUUAAAUAAUUCAUCGUAAAUAACUUUUAAUUGAACAAUUAAAUUUGUUGUGGAAAAUUGCACAUGUUCCUGAAUUCAUAAUUAGAUCCUUCCUUAUCCUUAUAUUAUCUGUUUACGUAUAUUUUCGAAACAAAGGAUUUACUUAACUUCGCACUGUGACAAGCAAAUUUAAUCCAAAGUAUUCUAUCACUUCAAUGACAUAUUUCUGUGAAAAUACUCACUGACGCACAAAGCAAGUUCUGCUACGUUGUAACACAUAAA